UUUUGCAGGAGAUUCUAUUGUUCUAUUCUGAUUAUAAAAGUUUUAAAAUGGAAAAAACUUUUGACUUUGGAAAUAAGACAUGUCUACUAUAAAUCAGCUAAUACCUAACUGAUAAAUGCAAGGACGCGAUGACGUUGAAUGCGAUACUGACAUAUCAGUAUGCCUUGUAACUUGACAGUCAUUACGGAGCAGAGUGGGUACAACGGUCGAUUAGUCGACUUGCAGAUGACGUUGUGCGAAAUAUUUACGUAUCCGGUGAAUAACGUAUAUUCUACGGUUCAAUCCCGCACGUAGCUGAUAAGGAUCGAACGAGCGUGUCAGGAUGAAGAACGGAAAUCAAAUCUUGGCGGAGGCCUUAAAGGAACAGGGUUUGACUUAUGUCUUCGGCAUCAUGGGGCAUCCCGUGAUUGAUUUGGCUCUAACUGUGCAAUCCGUCGGUAUGCAGUAUCUGGGUUUUAGAAACGAGCAGGCCGCCUGUUAUGCCGCGCAAGCUUAUGGAUAUUUAACGAGAAAACCGGCGGUGGUAUUAUGUGUCUCUGGUCCCGGAUUACUGCAUGUUAUUGGCGGUAUGGCGAAUGCGCAAGUAAAUUGUUGGCCCGUACUCGUACUGGGAGGAUCUUGUCCGGAAGAUCACGAAGGUAUCGGUGGAUUUCAGGAAUGGCCACAGGUUGAGGCGAGUAAACCAUACUGCAAGUAUGCGGCAAGGCCGCCGUCAGCUGCGCUCAUACCGCUUCAUGUUGAAAAGGCCGUACGCCUCGCCACCUAUGGUAGACCAGGCGCUGCUUAUCUCGACUUACCUGCUACAUUAUUAACCCAAAAUGCGUACGAAAGUAAGAUUGCCAAGGUUCUACCCUGUCCAUCGCCACCGUUGUCAUAUCCUGAUGCGAAAUUAAUCGAGCAGGCAGCGAAUUUAUUGAUAAAGGCGAAGAAGCCUUUGGUGAUAAUUGGCAAGGGAGCCGCUUACGGUCAUGCCGAAGAUCCGGUGAGAGAGCUCAUCUAUUCGACAGAUUUACCUUUUCUACCAACUCCAAUGGGAAAGGGCGUUGUGCCGGAUAUAGACGAGCGUUGCGUCUCUAGCGCGCGAACGUAUGCCUUGCAAAACUCUGACGUUAUUUUGUUGUUAGGCGCAAGAUUAAAUUGGAUGUUGCACUUUGGACGAUCACCUAGAUUUCAAAGUGAUGUCAAAAUCAUACAGAUUGAUUUGUGUGCCGAAGAAUUGCACAAUUCCGUGCCAUCCGCUGUCGCCAUACAAUCUGAUAUUGUGCCCGCGACAGAAAAUCUGACAAAUGCAUUGAGAAAUCGAAAAUGGUGUAUUGAUCGAAAUCAAGCGUGGUGGAAGCAACUCGUGGCAAAAACCGAACAGAAUAAACAAUCAGUUCACCGAAUGUCGAUGGAUACCAGCUUGCCUCUAAAUUAUUAUGCCGUAUUUAAGCAUAUUCAAGACAUAAUACCGAAGGAUUGUAUUAUUUGUUCCGAGGGAGCUAAUACGAUGGACAUUGGACGAACUAUUCUCUUGAACAAUUUACCUCGUCACAGAUUAGACGCCGGUACGUUCGGCACUAUGGGUGUAGGACUUGGAUUUGCGAUCGCAUCUGCCCUUUAUUGUAAAGACAAUGCGCCGAAAAAGAGGGUAAUUUGCGUGGAAGGAGACAGUGCUUUCGGAUUUUCCGGCAUGGAGAUUGAAACUAUGUUUCGUUACAAACUACCAGUGAUUAUUAUAAUUGUGAAUAAUAAUGGUAUAUACGGUGGUUUUGAUAACGAAACAUUCAAACAGAUACAAGCGUCUGGAGAUCCUACACAAGUGACACCUCCGUAUUCUCUAUCAUCUGAAACUCAUUAUGAAAGACUGAUGGAGAUGUUUGGCAAGAAAGGACAUUUUUGUACUACUGUGGAGGAAAUUCAACAAGCAUUGAAAUUAUCUCUCAAAGUGGUAGACAGUCCCAGUUUAAUAAACAUCAUGAUUGAUCCACAAGCAGAUCGAAAGAAGCAACAAUUCAACUGGCUAACAGAAUCGAAAUUGUGAAGGUGUAUCUAUCUGAUCCAAUUUCUCUGUAACUGUUGAGGACGUGAUUGGACCCAGCAAAUUCAAAUCUAACCUGUCAUUGCGCUCGAUCUUACUGAUAAUCUCUGCAACAUUCAUUCCUAUUUCUUGAACCUUCUCGGACAAUGUUUGAUUCGCCGUGUUGACAACCGUGUGCAGGUGCCCAUUUUCCCUCACAAGUUUGUUGAUCAUUUCUAAUUCUUUCUUUCUAAAAGUUUAAAAAUUAAUGCAAUAUAGGUAAUUCGUAUAAUCACCAUCAAAUCGUGAUUUGUCACAAAAAAAUGGUAAAAGUUUUACAUUUCCAGACAAACGUCAUUGAUGGAAAUUAAUGUCUGUUGGACAUUUAUCCCGAUGUCAAUCUCGUUGGAUGUAUUCAUUGUUGUGUUUGCAGGUUAUACACCUGCAAUCAGAAUUGUAAAUCCGUUAAUUAAUCAUAUUGCAGCUACGAA